AUGGAGUCCCAGCCCCUCCUUUUUCUUGUCUUUCAGCAUUCAGUGGAGCAGAGGAGGAGAAGUUGCAGGAAGAAUAAUGGAGCUUUGAAAGCCUGCAGAGAGUGCCUGCAAGAACUGGAAAAGGCUCGGAGCCUAAUCACUCUUCUUGGAAGCCACCUGGAGAGGCCCCCUGAACAGGGCAGCUUUCGUCAGCGCUCCCAUCAAGACCCCUCUGGUGAGUUCUGCAAAGCAGCGCCUGCUGGAGCCAAUAGGCCCUGUGGGGAGCUUGUGGAAGAUGCUGCUCCCACCAUGUCCCCCUCGGCUUCUCUGGCUCCUGUGACUGAGUACCCGUUACCUCUGGCCUCCACCUUGUCACCAGGCCCCAGCUCCUCAGUUUCCCUUCAUUCCCGCUCAUCCCUGAGUGCCUCUCGGCCACCAGAGCCUUUCCUUCCCCUGGACGACCUUUCACCCCAGCCACUUGCACUUUCCUGUUCCCCCUCACUUCCCCCUGACUCAGGGGCCCACCCUCCACCUCCCACAGCCUCCUCUGCCCCCCACCCAACACCAGCCUCCACUCUGACUCUUCCCCAGUGUGACUCAAUGACACUGACACUGGGCCCCACCCCGCAGAGUUCAUGUCCACACACACCUCGGUCAGCUUCUCCCACCCCAGCCAUCUCAGGCCUUGGCCACUCAAACUGUCCCAUUUCAGCCCUGUCCUGGUGGCAGGUGGCUGCCAAAGCCUCAUGCCUCUCAGCCUCAUCACAGUGGGAGUCCCAGCAAGAGCACCUGUCUCACCACCCACCAUAG